AAGUUUCCUGUCUCACAGACUUAGGGUUCACUGGCCAAAAAGAAAAGAGCUUAGGGUUUUAGGAGCUGAAAACUGAGGAAGAGACAGCGAUGAUGGCUACAUCAAGACUGUUUGGAAGGUGCGGCGGAUUGUUAGAAGCGGCGAAGGCUUUCUCUGCUUCCUUCGCUUAUUCGUCUUCUUCUUCUUCCAGUGGAAAUGGAAGGGGGCUUAUGCGGGUGAUACCUGUCUCUCCACAGCUGGGCAAGUUCCUUGGAGCCUCCGAAGCUUCUCGCACCGACGCCAUUAAAAAGAUUUGGGACUACAUCAAGCUCCACAGUCUCCAGAACCCUGCAAACAAGAAGGAGAUUAUUUGUGAUGAGAAGUUGAAGACGAUAUUCGCCGGGAAGGAGUCUGUCGGAAUGUUAGAGAUCAGCAAAUAUCUCUCCCCACAUUUUCUGAAAUCCAAAUAAUCUUUGCCUUCGCCUUUGCCUUAGCUUUAGCCUUUUUUUGGAACUUGAAGACCUUAAGUUGCAUUGUGAUGAAUCUGAAAAAAUGCUGUUGUCAUUAAUCUUUUUCAGUACAAAUGCUUAGACCCCUUUUUCCCCCUCGAUGGUUGAAGAUGGAUGCUUGUUUAACCCUGUAUUCAUCCACCUAUUGAUGAAAAUGACGUGGAACAUGCUUAUCGUGAUUCAUGAUGCUGUUCACCUUUUUUA